UUGGUGGGCCUUGGUUAUAAAACUAAAAGUACUUGGCUUUCCUUUUAAAGCCAAGAGGAAUUCAACAACCAAUCCUUUGUUUUCUGAAAGACUUUGAUAGGGUUGUUUAUAAACUGCAUAAGGAACCAAUCCGGGGAGUGCUAGUCAUUCUUAUUCUGCACUUACUUUAAUGUCUCCUCACAUUUUCAAUUAUUUUCUUAACCAGAGUUCCUUCUUUCGGCUUGCAGGUCUUCAAAUUCAAUAGUAAGUAGCAUGGAGCCAGAGUGUGCAAUCAAGAAAGAUGCGAUUGAAUUAAUAGGCAAUACCCCAAUGGUAUAUCUGAACAACAUUGCGGAUGGUUGUGUAGCCCGCAUAGCUGCUAAGCUAGAGUCCAUGCAACCCUGCUCCAGUAUCAAAGAUAGGUUAGCAUUUAGCAUGAUUAAAGAUGCUGAGGACAAAGGCCUCAUUACACCUGGAAAGAGUGUUCUUGUUGAGGCUACAAGUGGCAACACCGGAAUUGGAAUGGCAUUCAUAGCAGCAUUGAAGGGCUAUAAAGUUAUAGUGGCUAUGCCAGCUUCUGUGAGUCUUGAGAGAAAAAUUGUACUUAGAGCCUUUGGAGCUGAGGUGUAUCUGACAGACCCUGCCAAAGGAACUAAUGGGGUGCUUCAGAAGGCAGAGGAGAUAGUAACCAAGAUUCCAGGGAGUUAUAUGCUACGGCAGAUUGAUAAUCCUGCAAAUCCAAAGAUUCAUUAUGAGACCACUGGCCCUGAGAUUUGGAGAGACUCGGGAGGGAAAGUUGAUGCUUUGGUUGCAGGGAUAGGAACUGGGGGUACAAUAACGGGUGCUGGGAGCUUCCUCAAGGAGAGAAACCCUGAGAUCAAGGUUUAUGGUGUAGAGCCAGUUGAAAGUGCAGUCCUGAGUGGAGGACAGCCAGGCAAUCACCUAAUCCAAGGGAUUGGUAAUGGUAUCAUUCCGAGCGUACUGGAUGUUAAUCUACUAGAUGAAGUUAUUCAGGUUUGUAAACUGCAGAUAUCAAGUGAAGAGGCUAUAGAAACUGCUAAGCUGCUUGCUUUGAAAGAAGGUUUGUUGAUGGGAAUUUCAUCAGGAGCUGCAGCAGCAGCUGCAAUAAAGUUGGGGAAGAGACAAGAAAAUGCAGGAAAGCUCAUUGUUGUGAUAUUUCCGAGUUCCGGAGAGCGUUAUCUGUCGUCACCAUUGUUUGAAUCCAUUAGGCAAGAAGCUGAACAAAUGACAUUUGACUAAGAUCUGAAAUUUACUGCGCUCUCCAAAUUUUACCCAACCAAAACAAGUUACAGUAUUAUUAUGUUUGACAACAAUCGUUGGACAGAACAUCAUGACGGUGUGUUAAUAAAAAAAUGAAGAGGAAACAAAAUACAUACGGGAUGUCAUGGUGGAUUUUUCAUUUUUCGGUCAAGAGUACUUUGUAGUGUUUUCACAAACUCAAGCUCCAAAUGGAGCAGUUCUUGCAAAGUUGUCCACGAAGAAAUUAACAU